AUGAAAGGGUUGCUCUGUCCCUGCCCCGGCCGGUGCCCUGCCCAUUUCUGGCAGCUGGGGUCUUGCUUCAUGGCUGAGGGCUCCGGGGCGCAGGCCCUGGGGAAAGGGCCCCCACUCAGCAUCCAGCUCCUGCGAGCCCAGUACGAAGGCUCGAGGCAGCAGCAGAGGGCCCACCUCGUGGUGCUUCCCAAAGGGGGGAACGCACCUGCUCCUGCUGAGUCCAUGGUCAGUGCAGUUUGGAUUAACAAGGAGAGGAGGCGUGCACCGCCCCAGAGCGCAGUGGGCCCCGAGGCGGCAGGGAUGCUGGCGGAGGCGGACAGAGGCUGUCUGAAGGUCCCCAGGUCUCCGUGGCACACGCACCUACAGAUGCACUGCUCCGUCCAGACCUCCCCCCAGGAAACCAGUCCUCAAGCAAAACACAAGGGCAAGUUCACAGGGGCGGAGCAAAGGCUUCCUCAGGAAAGAGACUCAGGCUUGUUUGAAAAUAAGCAAGUGACUCAGCAAGGGACCAUGGUCCCAGAGGCAGCCCAGCAGGAAUGCCAGGGGGGCAAGCCCCAAACAAAGGCAGGGGGGUGCGGCUUAAACAAUGGCGUUCAGUGCCCUUCUCCCGUGAAGAGCCCACGCAGGUCUGGAAAACCAGCUCACUAUCCAUUUCCCCAGAGGAAAACUCCUAGGAUCUCCCAAGCUGCCAGGAACCUGGGCUUAUACGGCCCAGCCUGAGGCUCUCUACUCGGUCAGAUGUCCCAGCCUUGAGGCCAUGUAUGGUGUCAUUGAAGAACUCAGGAGACAGAGCCACAGUGACAGCCUCUAGUUAUGAGCAGAA